UGCAAAUCACAGAAACAGGACACCAUCCCAGUAGCUGCUAUUCCUGGAAAGUACCUGGGUUCUCUUGGGAGGUAUUCUGUAGGCUCCCUUUGUUUCAACACAUGGGAAGUCCCCAUCCUCCUCUUGCCCUUUUUCAUGUUUCUGCUUUCUUCCAGGGCAGGAUAGCAUGUGCCAAUGUACUCAGUGACCUCUAUGCAAUGGGGGUCACAGAAUGUGACAAUAUGCUGAUGCUCCUUGGAAUCAGUAAUAAAAUGACCGAUAGGGAAAGGGAUAAAGUGAUGCCCCUAAUUAUACAGGGUUUUAAAGAUGCAGCAGAGGAGGCAGGAACGUCUGUAACAGGUGGACAAACAGUGUUAAACCCCUGGAUUGUUUUGGGAGGAGUGGCUACAACUGUCUGCCAGCCCAAUGAAUUCAUCAUGCCAGAUAACGCAGUGCCUGGGGAUGUGCUGGUUCUGACCAAGCCCCUGGGGACGCAAGUGGCCGUGGCUGUGCACCAGUGGUUGGAUAUUGUGAGUAGCCAUGCCUGCGGCUGGGGGGCAGGGGGACUGAAUAGAAGUUUUCAGGAUUGUCUAGCUCUUCUAAAUGUCACCAGCUUGUCUUCUAAAAAGGAGCUCCUUUAG